AUGUCCUCAUCCAACACUCUCAACAUCGACCGCUCCAAUGUCCCCGUCAGAGCCCACGUCCACGGCGUCACCCUACUCUGUCACCGUCAACAAGCCGCCAACUACCUCGAACAAGGCCACCGCGUGACCGACCAGCAGGGCUUCGACCUGAAGAUCGAGACUCGCGAUGAUGGCAUCCGACAGCUCGUCCGCGCGAGCCCUGACGAUGUCGCUGGCGCGGAGGAAGAGCGGCAUAAGACUGAGACCGCGGUUGCUGCUGCGAUGGAGGGUGAUUUGGGCAGGUCGGCUGGGUUGCCGGAGAGGGAGCUGACUGAUUAUGAGGCUGGACGUGUGCAUCCGCUUGACUGUGGUAUCGCCAACUGCGACCAUCCUGUGCACUUCGGAGGAAGCGAGACUGGAGAGCUGAAAUUCGAGAAGGCCGAAGAGCCCAAGGCUGAAGAGGAGAAGAGGGUGACCCCGAAGAAGUAG